AUGGUUGAGUAUGGUAAGCUACUUAGAAAAGAGAUGGAAAUGAUUGAAAAGAAGUCAUACAUCAUUGAGGGAAUUUCGGUCUCUUUUUCGUUCGAGUUAAUUCCGGCAGAUAUGAAGUGGUUAGCCUUUAUCUCUGGGGAGCUUCCAAACUCAGCCACCUACUUUUCAUCAUUUUCUAAUGUUUCACAAUCCAAAAAGGGUAAAAUGGGUGUAACUUUUGGGUCAACUUGCGAUGAUUAUUUUAAACCGUGGAACUACCAAAAACGUUUGCAAGAUGUAAAACGUGUUGAAAAACACAAGAGUAAGCUUACCCCAAAGCAGAUAGUUGGCCGGACUAAGGUAACUCAGUUCAUUGCAAGUCAAAAAUCUUGCCAAGAAUUUGAACCUAUUUUAGGGCCUUUUAUAGACAAGGCUGUUGUAGAACCAUUACAUUUGGCAAACAAUAAUUGGGUCUCUUGA